UUCCUGUUUCAUCCCGACCUUAGCAAGAUGGCGGAUCGAGGAGGACGAUCACUUCCGGUCGUGCCCCCUCGAUGCUUGUGAUGACCUCAAACAAAUGGCGUAGGAUCCUGCUUCUGAAAUUUGCAGGAAAAACAAACAUUUGACAACACAAGGAGACAGUAGAGACAUGGCAGAGAGAAUAGCCGAGAUGGAGGAAGACAUUGGAGAUCUGCCAGCUGGGGAGGAUGACAAUGACUCAGACAGAGAUGAAGAUGAGAGACUGUUUGCUUGGAUGGUAAAUGAUGAUAUGGAUGAGGACGAGGAAGAUGAGGAGGAAGAGGUGGAGGAUGAACAGCCCCUGGACACCGAAGCAUCAGAAUCAUUUGAGUUAGAUACCCCAGCUGAGCGCAGUGGUCAUAUAGCGGUGAUUGACAGAAACAUCAUGUAUGUUUGGGGUGGAUACAAGAAUGCUCAAAACCAUGGAUUCUUUGACUUGUAUCUGCCGAGAAAUGAGAUCUGGAUUUACAACAUGGAGUCUGGAGUAUGGACGAAGCAAGUAGCUGGAGGCAACCUGCACACAUCCAUGUCAGGCAGCUGUGGUACGUGUGUUGAUGGAGUUCUCUACUUAUUCGGAGGUCAUCACGCCAGGGGAAACACAAACAGGAUCUAUCGCCUGCCCCUUAGAGCUCCCAGCCUUGUGUGGGAGGAAAUGAGGGACCUCAAAGGACUUCCUCCAUCCUGCAAGGACAAGCUCGGGUGCUGGGUUCAGAAAAAUAGACUUAUAUUCUUUGGGGGCUACGGCUAUGUAGCACAAGGACCUCAUCAAGGGACUUUUGAAUAUGAUGAAUCGUCUUCACUUGUGUGGGACAGCCCAGGACGAGGCUGGAACAACCACAUCCACAUACUGGACCUAGAGACCUCCACAUGGAGCCAGCCCAACACCAGGGGAAACACCCCAUCCCCCAGAGCAGCUCAUGCUUGCGCCACAGUUGGUAACAGAGGCUAUGUGUUUGGGGGACGAUACAAGAACUACAGACUAAAUGACCUGUACUACAUUGACCUGGACACAUGGGAGUGGCAUGAAAUGAGCGUUCCCCAGCAGGGUCCUGUGGGCCGGUCUUGGCACUCCUUCACUCCUGUGUCACCAGACCACAUCUUCUUAUUUGGAGGUUUCACCACAGAAAGAGAGACACUGAGUGAUGCUUGGCUGUACUAUGUGAGCAAAAAUGAAUGGAAGCCUUUUAAACAUAGUCACACAGAGAGCCCCAGACUGUGGCACACAGCAUGCUCUGGUCCCGAUGGAGAGGUGUUUGUGUUUGGAGGGUGUGCCAACAACCUGUUGUCUCAUCACAGAGCUGCUCACAGCAACGAGUUACUGGUUUUCAACGUUCAGCCCAAAUCACUAGUUCGUUUCUGUAUGGAGGCCAUUCUGCAGCACAGGGAGCGUUUGUCUAGUUACUGGGACUGCUUGCCUAAACACCUCCUGAACAGCCUCAAGCAGAGAAUGGCACGCGUCAACACACUGGGCUCCUAGAUAAAGAGGGAGCCAUCAAUCUUGUCCAGAGGAUUACAGGAGAAUAUGUAUGUAUGUAUGUAUGUAUGUAUGUAUAAUAUGAGUUUUACUCUCAAAGCUGGUAGUCCAAUUGAAGCAUUAGUUUAAUGUGUGUGGACACAUAAAACAUUUCUCUAAGCAAUAGUGAACAGCUAUGGAGCUGUUGGAAAUGGGUCCUGACUGGCGCGCUACUGUUCAGUAGAUCCUCAAAGCUGUUUAUUUUUAUUUACUUACAGGCAUCAAACUCUUGCAAAGCAAGUAGAACCUUUAGUUGAGCGGCAGUGAAAGUGAUGCACAGCAUAAAAGAGAGCAGAUACAUUUCUAAGCAGGACUUCUUUCAUUACUCCUUCUGAAAAGCUUAAAUAUAAAAUGUGGUUUUCAUUUCUGUGUUCUAAGAUAAAUGGAUUGCUACUUCUGUACUGGAUACAAAAACUUUAUUUAACUGCAAGAACAGUGAAGCUAAGAUAGUGCUUUUGUGUUUAAGAUUCCAGGGAGUUUUGUUGCUUAAAGGUACAGUGUGUAGCAUUUAGGGAGAUAUCUUGGCAGAAAUGAAAUAUAAUAUUAAGUAUAUUUUCUUUGGUGUAUAAUCUCUUGAAAAUAAGCUUUGUGGGUUUUUUUACCUUACAAUGAGCCGUUUGUAAAUACAUAAUGAGCAGGUCCUUUUAAUGAAGCCAGCAGCCAUGUUUCUACAGUAGCCCAGAACAGACAAACCAAACACUUGCUUUAGAUGGAGCCAUUAGCAUUUUGUGUUUUCACGUCAGCCAUCGUAGUUCUCAGUACUUCUAGUUCUCAGUUUGUUUUUAUCUGCAACCUCACCGCUAGAUGUUGCCGGGUUCUACACACAAGACCUUUUAAUGGUCACAAAAAUAUCCUAAUUUCAUGUUUGUUUAAACAAGGUGCGAGCCAGUGCAGUAGUAUAUACCUGCUCAGAAUAUGGUUACAAAAAACCCCACUCUCAUGAUCAACUUUUCAUGAAGACCACUGAAAGAAACCCUGUGAGAAGAUGCAUCAAUAAUAUAAAUUAGUGGGGGGGGGAAUACAGUUUGGAUAGGGGCCGGACUUCCAUUUCCUCAACAAGAUUAAAGCACAUCCUGUAGGUAUUAACAAGAGUCAGGGAAAUAAUUUUAGUCCUUUAAAACAAACAUAUGCCAGUCACUUGUUGGAAUUGUGGGUUUCAUUGGUCUUUGUCACAAUGUGAACCACUUCAAAUAUGAGUCUAAUGUCUUAACACUAAACACAGUGGUGCAAGGCUGAAACAGGUUUGCUUUAACAGUGCAGAUUUUCUUUAGGGAGCCUGUUGCUUUAAUGAUUUCAAUAACUUAUGUUUGGCAUGAUCUCUAAUGCAGAUGUCUGCUAAAUCUUAGAUAGUAUAAGUUCUCACAGACCUAAAACUAGUGCUUUGUUACUCAAGACUAUCUCCUCUGAAGCCACAGAAAUGUUCAUUUUUAUUUAUAUAAAAAUGUAUUUAUAUAUCGUGAGGAAAUGUGUGGGUUCUUUAUUCUGAAAGAGGCUUUUAAAGCCUUUUAAAUUGUCAGGAGUGGCUCCAGUAGCAUUUUAAUUUUAUUUAAUCAAUAACUUAAAUACGGCAAGUGUAUUUGAUGUUGAGCCACAUUGCACUGAAAUGCCUAAUGUCAGUAGGGCUUUGUUUGUAUUUGCCUGAUUUGCACAAUGUUCCCUUGGUGUUUUUUAUUGUAGUAUACAAUGUAUAAUGUUCAUUCGUACUCAAAGAAUAAACACAUACCAUUA